AUGAUAUGGGGCGGCAUUACUUACGAAGCACGCACCGACUUGGUUAUCUUCGAAAGAGGUGGAAUAAAUGCUCAGAGGUAUGUAACAGAAGUAUUGGAACCUCAUGUAAUGCCAUUUGCUCCAUUUAUUGGCGAAGAUUUUUUAUUAAUGCAGGACAACGCUCGCCCCCACGUUGCUAGAGUUGUUACCGCGUACCUGGAUACCGUCGGCAUUCGAAAAUUAACAUGGCCAUCCCGGAGCCCAGAUUUAAAAUCCUAUUGA